AUGGCAAUCAAGACUGAACUUCGAGAGUACGCUCAUAGAAGAAGCAACACAGGCCCAUAUGCCGACAACCUAGAAGUGGACGCCUUGGUUGUUGGUGGUGGGUUUGGUGGUGUCUUCUGCUUCUACUUACUGCGCAAAGCUGGAUUCAAGACCGUCAUAUACGAGGCAGGAAACGAUCUCGGCGGCACCUGGAGAUGGAACUGCUACCCAGGGGCCAUGGUAGACUCAGAGAUCCCAGAAUAUCAGUUGUCGAUCCCUGAAACCUACAAAGACUGGACCUGGCCUUCCAAUUAUCCGACCUACAAGGAUCUUAGGGCCUAUUUUGACCAUGUCGACAAAGUUCUGGACAUCAAGAGCAACACCGCAUUCGACAGUGUCGUCGUCGAUGCACAAUUUGACACAAAAGCGGGACGCUGGCAUGUCAAGACUGCGGAUGGUAGAGUCGCAAAGGCCAAAUAUCUGGUGGUUGCAGCAGGUUUUGCGGCGAAGCGGUAUGUGCCGGAUGACUUUGUCGGAAUAGACUCUUUCAAGGGUGUCAUUCACCAUUCGUCAUUCUGGCCGGACCUCAACAUCGAUGUCACUGGUAAGAGAUGCGGUGUCAUUGGUACUGGAGCCUCUGGGGUUCAGAUUGCUCAAGCUUGGGGGCCCAAGGCGGGUCACCUUGAAGUCUUCCAAAGGACACCAAAUCUGGCAGUGCCGAUGCGUAAGAGAGAUUUAACAGCAGAAGAGCAAAACAAGGCCAAGGCAAAUUAUCCAGAGCUGUUCAAUUUCAGAGAGAAAUGCUUCGGUGGUUUCCUCUACACUUUCUCAGAGCGCAGUACUUGGGAAGACACCCCAGAGGAGCGGGAAGCCUUCUACCAAAAAUUGUGGGAUGACGGUGGUUUCCGCUUCUGGCUUGGGAAUUACAAAGAUUACCUAUAUGAUCCCAAGGCCAACCGUGAAGCUUACAAUUUCUGGGCGAGAAAUGUUCGAAAUCGUAUUGGUGACGCGAAGACGAGAGACUUGCUGGCGCCUCUGGAGCCUCCACAUCCAUUCGGUGUCAAACGCCCUUGCCUAGAGUACUCAUACUAUGAGCAGUUCAAUCGUCCAAAUGUCGACUUGGUUGACAUAAAGAACAAUCCGAUUGUGGGAUUUACUGAGAAAGGCAUUAAGUUGAAAGACGGCAGUGUCCACGAGCUCGACGUAAUUUGCAUUGCUACCGGAUUUGACGUCGUUACAGGAGGAAUGACGGCCAUGGGACUACGCAGUAUCACUGGCGAAUACCUCGCCGACCAGUGGAAGAAAGCCGCCUACACGUAUUUGGGCACAACAAUCAGCGGAUAUCCCAAUAUGUUCCACCUCUACGGACCUCAUGGACCAACUCUCCUUUCCAACGGACCCACAAGCGUUGAGGUCCAAGGACGUUGGAUCGUUGAUGCCAUCAAGCAGGUCGAACGCCAAGGCUUGAAAUACAUUAAUCCAACCAAUGAGGCGUCAGAGAAGUGGAAGAAACACAUCAAUGAACUGUCCGAUAUCAGUCUCUUCCCCACAACCAAGUCUACCUAUAUGGGAGGUAGUAAGCCAGACAAGGCUUUCGAGCAGGUCAACUAUGCUGGAGGUCUUGCUCAUUACGGUGAAGAGAUAAGGCAAACUCUACCAGCCUUUGUAGGGUUUGAAAAGGUUAAAUAG